UUAAAUUAUGGAAUCAUAUACUCCCUCAAGUUCUCAAGACCUCUUUGUUAAUAUAAAGAAGGAGACUAUUAUUGAGAAAUAUUACUCUCAUGAUGAAGAAGGGAAUAGAGUAGCUUCAACUAGGAUGUACACUAAAGGGAGAUUCCUUGGUAAAGGAGGGUUUGCCAAAUGAUACGAACUGAUAGAAAGGAAGACAGGACAAUCCUAUGCAGCAAAAGUAUUUUCAAAGAAGUCUCUUAAAUAAGUCAAGAUCAAAGCAAAACUUAUUGUCUGAGAUUAAAAUCCAUCAAUCGCUUAAUCAUAAACAUAUUGUAGGCUUUACUCAUUUCUUUGAAGACAAAGACAAUGUGUAUGUAUUAUUAGAACUAUGUUCGAACCAAACUCUUAAUGAUCUUGUCAAGAGGAGAGGUUGUCUUCAGGAAAUAGAGGCUAAGUACUUCCUCCUCCAAAUUAUUGAUGCAGUGGAAUAUCUUCAUAAAAAGAAAAAGGUGAUUCAUAGAGAUUUAAAGCUUGGGAACCUCUUUCUUAAUGAAAAUAUGGAGAUAAAGAUAGGAGAUUUUGGUUUAGCAACCUCUCUGUCAACUAAUGAGGAAAGAAAGAUGACACUUUGAGGAACACCUAACUAUAUUGCACCUGAAGUUUUGAUGAACUCUAAAGAAGGCUAUUCGUUUGAAAUUGAUACUUGGGCUAUUGGAGUUGUACUCUAUGCCAUGAUUGCAGGAAGGCCUCCAUUUGAAACUAGAGAAGUUAAAACUACGUAUUACAAAAUUCAGAGGAUAGAAUAUGAUUACCCAGAGGGAUUCCCUAUCAGUGUUGAGGCAAAACAUUUGAUUGAUAGCAUUUUAAAAUAUGAUCCUAAAGAUAGACUCACUUUAAAGCAGGUCAGAGAGCAUCCUUUUAUUACUAAAUGUCAUUUCAUACCUUCAACAUUACCUGUCGCCUGCAUUGAUAGAAUCAUUACUCCCGACCAACUUCAGAAAUUCGAGAAAGCACCUGACCGAAAUUCCCAAAACAAAGAAAGUCUUCGUAAAUUCUAUUUUGAGGAAAGAAAGUCUCAGGAUUAUGAAGAAAAUGAAGAUGACAAUGAAAACGAUACAACUAGAUACCAUAUUUUAGACUUAGAUCAACUAGAUAAGCUUCCUAACACGUACAGAAAAGAAGAAAGAAAGGGGCAAGACAAACUUCAUAAUACACAAGGGAGUAAAUGAGAUUCUCAUAUUGCAUCUGUGGGUAAACCAUCCAAGAAGCUAAAGUGUGGCUCUCCUCAUAGGCAAACUCAGACUUCUCCAAAGCGAUCUCCCAGUCGAUCAUCAAUCCCAGCAGAUAGAGAGGCUUAUAUCCUAAAAUGGGUGGAUGACUCUCAACAGUAUGGGUUUGGGUAUAAGCUUAGUAAUGGAUGAAUUGGAGUUUUGUUUAAUGAUAACACUUCUCUUAUCAAUUACAAGGAAACCUUGAUAUAUAUCUGGACAGAAGGUGACACUGAGAUGAGGUCAGAGUACACUAUUCAGGACUACCCGAAGGACACGAAAUAUAAGUGGAUAAUGGCAAUUAAAGAGUAUUUUGAGAAAGACGAUGACCCUGAAAUUAUCCCAAUUCCUUGGAAUGCUAAAACACAGUGGAUAGAGAGAGGAUACCAAAGAGCAAGCUCUUCCUUACCCAAAGGUUGGAUCUCCUCUGUAGAUGCAGUUUAUCUCCAAAGAUGGAAAUGGGACAAGAAGUGAAUUCUGUUCAGAAUCUCAAACAAGAUAUUCCAAGCUAAUUUCUUGGAUGGCUCACAAAUUUUCAUUCGCUCGAAUUCUCCAAUGGCUUGUUUUAAAUCUUCAGAUCAAGAGAUAAUUGUGAAAAAUAUGACGAAGGAGAAAUAUUUGAAGCUUUCGCAUCCUAGUUUCAGCAGAAGAAUUGAUUAUGUAAGAAAAAUGCUUCUGGAAGCCAUGAGAUUAAAUAAGAACCAGGUUGCUGAACUUGAUGAAGAAUACCAAGAUGCUGAAUAUCUUGAUAACCCUGGGCUCAAGACUCAGGGAAGGCUACUCAAGGGAACCAAUGAGCAAGUUGUGAAGGAAAAGCAAAGAGAAGAAAUUAAUGCUAAGUUCACACCCAAGAAUGUACUCACAAAAGUUCUUAAUAAAGAAAAUAUUCCCAAAAAGAAGGAUAGAGCUGUUUAUGAUAGGUAAUAUCAAUGAUUUUUAUUUAUAGAUUUGCUAAAAUAAAGUUGGGUAACAGAAUGACAGAUAUGAUGGCUUCAAAGUUCGCUACAAUAAAAGAUGAGAAUGAUUACUAGAUCUCCAUGAAGUUUUAAAUAACCAAGUUUGGCUAACCAUAAAUU